AUGAAUAAUUAUUAGCAUGGCUGCUAGACUUCUUCUUCAAAACGGCACCGUGUUGCAGCAUGAUGCGCAAGACAAUGUCAUCGCCCUUAAAAACACCGACGUCUUGAUUGAGGAUGAUCGCAUCGUCAAGAUCGGGCAUGGUAUUGAACCCCAAGAUGGAUCGAUAAUUGACUGCGAUGGCAAAAUUAUCGCUCCUGGGUUCAUCAACGCCCACCAUCAUGUUUGGCAGAGUCAAUUGAAGGGGAGACUUGGAGACUCUACAAUGCUAGACUACAUACUUGAAGCCAAUCUUCAAAGUUUCAACUUCACAUCGGAAGAUUUCUUUUGGGGUCAACUAGCUGGGUGCCUUGAAGCACUUGACGCUGGAACGACCUGCGUCGUAGAUAAUGCACACGGCGCGUCCAGUCCCGAACACGGCCCAGCAUCUUUGAGCGCGACCUUGGCGUCUGGUAUAAGGUCCAUCUAUUGCCAUGGAGUCAUGCCACUACGCGCUACAGAAUGGACAGAGUCUUCGUUUGAGCUUGAUCGCUCUCCUCAACCUGAUUGGCUGUUACCUCAGAUGGAUUCCCUUGCUGCAAAGGGGCCGUUUGGAGACGACAAGAGAGUGCAGUUGGGUUUCUUCUUUGACAGCUACUUCUUGCCAGAGAAUGUGAUUUCCGAGACGCUUGACCAUGUGAAAGAGGCUGGAGUGAAGCUUAUUACAAGCCACUACAGACACUGGCCAGUUUCAAAGGGACAAUCUCGCGUGCCGGAGCAGUUACACGCCUGCGGUCUCCUCGGCCCUGAAAUCCUGCUCACUCACGGCAACGGAACAACACCAGAACAAGCAUCUCUCCUCACUGAGGCUGGAACCUACAUCGUCUCAACUCCCGAUGCCGAGAUCUUCAUGGCAUCAGGCGCAGAUCCAGUAGGUUUUCGUGAAGACCUCCCAUUGACGUGCCUUGGAGCCGAUUGCCACUCGUGCGGACCAGUCAGCAUGAUGCAUCAGAUGCAGAUGGCACUAGCAAGUGAUCGAGGAUCUCAAAACUCAAAGACUUUCGCUGAAGGUCACUAUCCCAAGAAGAUGCGGGCUACAGUGCAGAAAGCGUUCAAUCUGGCUACUAUCAAAGCAGCUCGUGCGAUCAACAUGGAUAAGGACAUUGGAUCUAUUGCAGUGGGAAAGUUGGCGGACUUGGUCAUCUUUGACACGACUUCUCCUUCAAUUAGCUGUGCAGCUGAGCAUGACCCAUUGACUGCUAUCGUCCGCCAUGCAGGUGUCAGAGAAAUUGAGACUGUUAUAAUCGGCGGAAGGGUUCGCAAACACCAUGGAACCCUGGAGAAUGUGCACUUGGCCGAGGGGCGAGAAGCUGGCUUCGAUGUCAAGCAUGAGGCACUUGACUGGAAAGACGGAUUGUCGUGGAAAGAAGUUGCAAAGGAGUUAUCGAGAAGUCGAAGUGAAAUUGAGGAUAGAAUUGAGAAGGUCAACAAAGAGUUGGCUAAGGAGAAGCUGAUUGGAAUGAUGGGUGGCUUAAAGGAUAUCUUGGUUGACUGAUGGAUCUUCUAUCUGGAACACCUUCUUGUACUAUUAAUGUAGAGACAUAUCCCAACUUUGGUCUUAAUUAUUAUCCUGGCGGAAACUUCAGAGCUUUAUUUUAAAUGAUAAAACCAC